CUUCAGUUUGUCCAAGAUCGCGCCGACCGAACGAACGACGCUAGAAAAGACGCGCGCGACAACAACAAAAACAACGACGACCACGACGAAAGAAAAAAAAACGCAGCGAAUUCGAAUGAUAGAAAAAAAGCAUAACACAAACAAAAACCAUACGAAAGCCGAAGACAGCCGAUUCCGAGUGCAGCCGAAAUUGAGAAAUAAACGCGAACUGUUAAAAGUUAACGGUUAAACGCGAGYGUCGUCCUGCACCAGCAGCAACAACAACAAGCAGCGGCUUUUGCGAAAACAAAACGCGCAUUUUUCAAUUCUUAAGAAGAAGAAGCGAAGGAAACUAAAGUAUAAAAAAAAAAUCUACGAAAAUGAACAACAAUCAAACGAAUAUUGCGACGGCCUUGGCCACGGCCACAGGCACGGUCCAAACGCUGGAGAGGCAUGCCAACAUUAGUUGCAGCAACUGUUGCAACACCAGCAGCAACAGCAACAGCAACUGCAACAGCAGCAGCAACAGCAGCAACAACAGCAACAGCAACACAAACAACGCCACAUAUUAUUAUCAGAGAAGAUUGCAACACCUGCUGCUGCUCGCUUUGCUCGUCUGCGUUGCCAGCCUCAACAGCUGUUGGCUCCAGCCGGUGCAGGCGCGACGCCACGCCCCCUUAAUGUUCGAGGAGGCCGAUACGGCCAGACGCUCCAAUAGACCAGCAGGUAAGUCCAAGUAUAAAUAUCAUACAUAGUAUCGUAUCGUAUCA